CCGGCGGAGGCGGUAGCGGCGGAGGUUUUUCGGCUGCGCCCGGCGCGGGGAAGAGGAGGGGAGUGUUCGCGAUGCUCUCCUCCGCCCUCCAGAUCCUGGCGUUCGCCCUGGCUCUGCUGGGCGUGUUCGGGGCGACGGUGGCCACGCUGCUGCCCAACUGGAAGGUGAGCGCCGAGCAGGGCCCCAACAUCAUCACGGCCAUCUCGCAGAUGCAGGGGCUGUGGAUGGACUGCACUUGGUGGAGCACCGGCGUGUUCAGCUGCACGCUCAAGUACUCGGUGCUGGCGCUGCCCGCCUACCUGCAGACGGCCCGCACCACCAUGGUGCUCUCCUGCAUGAUGGCCACCCUGGGGCUGUGUCUGGCCGCCCUGGGGCUGAAGUGCACCCGCUGGGGGGGCAGCCACCGCGCCAAGGGGCACACGGCCAUCGCGGCGGGCGCCUGCUUCGUGGUGUCCGGGGUGCUGUGUCUGGUGCCCGCCUCGUGGUUCACCAACGAGGUCAUCACCAACUUCCUGGACGCCCGCGUGCCGGAGAGCAGCAAGUUCGAGCCCGGCGGCGCCGUCUACGUUGCCUUCGUGUCGGCCGGGUUCUUCCUGGCGUCCGGCGUGAUUUUCUGCCUGUCGUGCCCGGGGAAGCGCCAGGGGCCCCUGGACUCGGGCUCCUCCCACCCCAGCAAGGCGCUCUCCAAGCCGCCGCCGUCGCUGCAGCAGCAGCAACCCGAGCAGCAGCCAUCGGUGGCGACGCCACACCGCGAGCAGGUGAGUCGCGAGCAGCAGACGCAGUCGCCCGACCAGUCGCACGCUCAGCCCCCGCCCCUGCCGCAGCCCAACGGCAACCGGGAGAAAGCCUCCGUCCCGGAGAAGCUGCUCCACGCCGACGAGGGGCCGCCCCCGUCGCCUCACCGGGCGCUGGACAAGCUGCACCAGGACAAGCUCGGCCAGGACCAGGAGCAGGGGUACUACUCGCCGUCCCGCUCCCGACCCCCGCCCCCCGACAUCAAGAAGGGCUACAGCCUACAGGACUACGUGUAAACAGGGCUCUCUCCACACUGGCGGGGAGCCCUCGGACUGAACGGAAAAAAAAAGAAAAAAAAAAAGAGGCGGAGAGAGAGAAUGGAAGUGAGGGAAAGAGAGAAAGAAAGGAAGGAAAGAAAGAAAGGAAAGAAAGAUGGGUAAGGUGCAUUGUGUUUGGCUUGAUGUUUCUCUUUGUAAGAGGACAAAAAGAGAGGAGAAGGGGGGAUAGAGAGAGCUAGAGGCAGAGGAGGGUAAUGACUUUGACGGCGUUAUCUCUCUCACUCAUCUGUUCUUUCUGCACAGCAAGCAGUGAGGAAUGGAGCUGCUCCCAUUAUCUAGCAGCAGACAGAUUGUGGAUCCUGUGCUCGCAGAGUUAAUAAAAGGUUUGCAGCUGUGGGCUUUGGACAAAGGGACAAAUCAGGUAGUAACGAUGAGGAUAAAAUGCACAAACGCAGCUUGAAUUCUGCUUUAUUUGACUAAAAAAAAAAAUAA